UUCAGCGGCUUUCCCGUGCCGCUGGCCCCACCUCCUCCUCCGCCCCUACAGCAGCAGCAGCAUCAGCAGUUGCAGCAGCAGCAGCAGUUGCAACAGCAGUCGCAGCAGCAGCAGACCAGUCGCAGUCGCAUCAUGUCGCGCAUCUUCUAUUCGAUGGUAUAACCACCCAAAAAAAAAUCUAUAAUAUUAAUUAAGACAAAAAAGUGA